GGGGGGGGGGCGAGGCCCCCCCGCUGAAGCCCCGCGCCGCCCCGCCAGGCCAGGCGGACUCUCAGCGCGGCGGCGCCAGGGACCGCGGGCCCGGCCCGCGCCGGGAGGACCCUCCGCGCCCCGGCGAGAAGUAAGGCUCUGCUUUCUCCUUCUCCCCUCCCUGCGCGACCGGGAGGGUUGGGGUGGCCGCGCGGAGCGGGGCGCAAGCGGCGGCCGGGCAGCUUCUCCGCGCUGCCGCAGCUCCCGGCGCCACUCCGCGGACUCUAUUCUAUGAGUGCAAAGAUGGAGCCUACUUUCUACGAGGAUGCCCUGAACGCCAGCUUCGUGCCGCCGGAGAGCGGCGGGUAGGGAUAUAAUAACGCCAAAGUGCUGAAGCAGAACAUGACGUUGAACCUGUCCGACCCAUCCAGCAACCUGAAGCCGCACCUGAGGAACAAGAACGCCGACAUCCUCACCUCCCCCGACGUGGGACUCCUGAAACUGGCCUCGCCUGAACUGGAGCGGCUCAUCAUCCAGUCUAGCAACGGGUUAAUUACCACCACGCCGACCCCGACGCAGUUCCUCUGCCCCAAAAAUGUUACCGACGAGCAAGAGGGGUUCGCGGAAGGCUUUGUGAGAGCUCUGGCGGAACUGCACAACCAGAACACCAUGCCCAGCGUUACCUCUGCUGCUCAACCUGUUAACAGCGGCAUGGCACCUGUGUCCUCUAUGGCUGGCAACAGUAGUUUCAAUACGAAUUUGCACAGCGAGCCCCCGGUGUACGCCAAUCUCAGCAACUUCAACCCCAACGCACUCAACUCUGCACCUAACUACAAUGCAAACAACAUGGGCUAUGCACCUCAGCAUCACAUAAACCCCCAGAUGCCCGUGCAGCAUCCCAGGCUUCAGGCUUUGAAAGAAGAGCCUCAGACUGUACCUGAAAUGCCAGGGGAAACUCCUCCCCUGUCCCCUAUUGACAUGGAGUCACAGGAGAGAAUCAAAGCCGAAAGAAAACGCAUGAGAAACAGAAUUGCGGCAUCCAAAUGCCGGAAAAGGAAGUUGGAAAGGAUUGCCAGGUUGGAAGAAAAAGUGAAAACUUUGAAAGCCCAGAACUCAGAGCUGGCAUCCACUGCCAACAUGCUCAGAGAACAGGUUGCACAGCUUAAGCAGAAGGUCAUGAACCAUGUCAACAGCGGGUGCCAGCUAAUGCUAACACAACAGUUGCAAACGUUUUGAAGAGACUGUCUUAAAUGAGAACUGUGAUAUUGUGGUAUAACUAAAACAAAAAACCAAAAGUGGCAGAUGCAUAAAGCUAAUGGUAAAAGCUGAAAGGCUGAGUCCUGCCUGUGCUCUGCAAAGCGCAUGUGUGGAAAGACUGGCAAGCCUUCAGCUUGAGUUAGUAGCGAAGCGGCCAGCACAACUCCGAGAAGUGCUGUUCCUGCUCAGAUGAGACAUCAGAUCUUUGUUUAACAUUGACCAAGACCUGCAUGGACCUAACAUUCGAUGAUCAUUCAGUAUUAAAGGUUAAACUGCAAUAGAAACUGUAGAUUGCUUUAUGUAGUAUUCCUUAAGAAAAAAAAAGUGGGAGGGAGGUUUGUGGGAGGCUGAUAAACAAAAAAGAACUAUUCUGCCUGCCUUCAAGUAAAUUGUGUAUGUAUAUAUCUUUUUUAUUUUAUUUUAUGAAAGUUGAUUAAUGUCAAUAAACUACUUCAUGACUUUGUAAGUUAUUUUUAUGUUGUUUAUUUGGGCACUGCCCAGUAUUGUUUGUAAAUAAGAGGCUUUUUUUUAGCACUCUGAGUUUACCAUUUGUAAUAAAGUAUAAUUUUUUAAUGUUUCUGUUUCUGGAAAAAUUCUAGAAGGUUCUAUUAUAUUUAAGAAAAAUAAAAUAAUUAAAAUG